GGACGUUUGAGCACAGAACGGCACAAGUAAACGCAAGACAAGCAUCUUGUUGGAGCUCCCCAAGAUCCGUAUAGUUUUUGUUUUGCUAGCUGACGUGCUAUUGUCAAAUCAGAGUUGAUUUCCGGUUGAUAAUUUGUUUUCUUCCAGCAAUGAACUGCCUCAAGUUUAAUCUUGUCGCCGUUGCGAUUCUCAUUAUCAACGUGGUCACCGCAAUGAAGUUUCAGAGUGACGACGCGGCGGGAGUAGAACGGGAGCGUGAUUUGGAUAGACUCGGAGCUGGCCAGCACAUUUUUCGCGGUUUGGAUUCAAUAGGAGAAGGCAGUCUACUUCGAGCAAUUUACCGAGAAAAACCAAGAGACUUUUUGCGGAUAAACCGAGGAUUGGAUUCACUAAGUGGUGCCUCUUUUGGUAUAGAGAAACGCCUAGACUCGUUGACUGGGCUGGGAUUCGGCAACCAAAAGCGCAAUCUCGAUGAAAUUGAUAGAUCCAAUUUCGGUACGUUCGCCAAGCGAAACCUGGACGAAAUCGAUCGCAGUGAUUUCGGACGUUUCGUCAAAAAAAGGGAAACCAUUGAUGGAGAGAGUUCUCAACAGCGUUGAGCCUUUCACGAAGAAGAAAAUGACCUCUUUUUGUUCCGAAUACCAGUUGGAAAGGAGCUUGCUUUAACAUAGAUCUCCACCAUGUCAAACGAAAGUAUUAUCGUACAAUAUCGCCGUCUCUGAUUUCACAAUGCCGAUAGGGCUUUAUAGGCCUAUUGCACGCGUCAUUGUAGGUGCACAUUAUGGCUUUGUUAUUAUUCAGUGUAUCUGCAGUGACUCCUUUCAAUAAAUCAACAUAUUUCAAUCAAA